AUGAUACUACUUGCGGGUCUUGCACUUCAGAAAGCGACGCAGUAUCUUCAACUUCUCCAAACACUUGCUCACCUAAAUGUACAGAAAAGGCAAACUUUUGCGUUAAUUAGAAUUUAUUUUAUUUUAUAUUUUAAUUGAUAAUUAUAUAGUGGGCAAUGCACAGUUGGCUCAAACGGCUGCGCAACUUGUACAGAUGAUACGACUUGCGGGUCUUGUACUUCAGAAAGCGACGCAGUAUCUUCAACAUCUCCAAACACUUGCUCACCUAAAUGUACAAAAAAAAUAAAUUGUUUGUGUUACUGACGAAUAAAUUAUAAAAUAAAUUAUAUUUUUUUAGAGGGCAAUGCACAGUCGGCUCUAACGGCUGCGCAACUUGCUCAGAUACUACUACUUGCGGGUCUUGCACUUCAGAAAGUGACGCAGUAUCUUCAACAUCUCCAAACACUUGCACUCCUAAAUGCACAGCUGGCUCAAAUGGCUGCGCAACUUGCACAGAUAGCACUACUUGCGGGUCUUGCACUUCAGAAAGCGAUAUAG